UCGGAGACGGUAUACUAUGGGACUUAAGCCCUGUUUACACGCAGCAUCUAAUGCGCAUUGUAAAGCGCAUUACUACUAACGAGGUCUAGUCUAAACGCACUAAUGCGCUAUCAAAACCGGCUUACGUAAACCGCCUACCUGAUGUGGUUUGAAGCCGGAUCAAUGCGGUUUAGACAGUAGUGUAAACAGCUGCAAGCGCAUUAAAGGAAUGCAAAGAAUUCAUUUGUGGCAUAAGAAGUCCUAUAAGAAGAGAAGACAAUGAACAGAGGCACAUACUGGAGUGACAAUGAAAUGAAGGCACUAAUAGCUAUCUGGGGAGCUAGUGACUUGCAGCAGCAACUGGACGGAGCUGUAAGAAAUAAAGUAAUUUACGAAAAAAUAGCACAAGAAAUGAAGAAAAAGGAAUAUGAAAGAGACUGGACGCAAUGUAGGAUAAAAAUUAAAAACUUAAAAACAAACUACAAAAAAGUAAAGGAUAGCAAUAACAAGACUGGGGAAAGGAGGAAAACAUGUAAGUUUUAUGACGAGCUGGAUAGGAUUCUGGGGCACCGACCAGCCUCCGCUCCAUCUUUCCUCGUUGACACAAGCUCUGAGAUGGAGGAAAGGGUGGAUGAGAUUGUGGAGGAUACAGACGAUGGCAGUCAAAUUCAGCCACAGUUUCCAGUGGAGAGUGCCGGUGCUGUGGCCAAUACUGAAGGAGAGGCCAGUACCUCUGAAAAGGAGAAAACAGAUGAAUGUGCUCCCCCUAAAACAAAAAACCCCAGAAAAAACAAGACAGAAAAGGCUAUGGAGAGGCAGACGGAGACAUUCUUAAGCUACCAGAGAGAAGCAGAGGAAAGAUUUGAAAAAAGAGAGGAAGAAAGAUGGGAUAAAGAGAGAAAAUUAGAAGACGUGAGAAGAAAGGAGGAACAGGCACACCAACUACAGAUGAUGCAAAUGCUUGGACAGAUGAUACAGCAGCCAAGACAGUACUUCCCGCCACCAUCACAAUCAUUUAACCAAGACUCGAAUUACUAACUUCAAUAAUCAAACGUUAUAAUUAUAAUCAUAGUAUUACAGUCCUUAUUACAUAUAAUUAUACGUCACAUUAAUAUCAUGUACUGAAAUAUUGUGUUAAUGCACUCCUUAUCUGGUCA